AUGUGCUCGGCGACAACAGCGAGUACGAUCGACGCGGGCUCCCGCAGCGACUGGCAAUCGCGGCCUGGUACCGGUUCACUGUCGAUCGAACAAGAACACCCCUUGGCGGCGGCGGUGGCGGCGGGACGACUCAACGUGCCUCCCCGGAUCGGCACCAGCGCACCACUCGAGGCGAUCUCCCCAAGCCCGUGGCCCGCUUCGCAAUGGAGCAGCGCCUUCCGGACCGGUGCUUCCACACAGGCGAGCCAGUAUACGCUGCUGAACAUGGCUCGCCCUACACAGUCGUGCAUCCGCCGGGUCCUGAACGCGAAGGCAUUUACCAACAUGCUCGGGCUCAAGGGACCCCGCAGCCGGACGACCUCAGGAGCUUCUGGAGGCAGUCACUCGAAGGCACUGACGCGAGGGAGAGGGAAGUUUGGUUCAAGCUGAUCCUCCGCUUCACCCGACGCGCAAGUCCAGCACGAGCAAAGCAUGUCACUUCUCCCGUGCCUCGUGUGCGAAGCGCCGGUGGACGACACCGAUCACUACUUCUUCGGCUGCGUCGACUCGCGGAACGUCUGGACCGCGGCAAGGGGCGUGCUCUGCGACGCGCUCGGAUGCGACACGAUCGAGGACGCCGAGUACACGACACUACAACGACUCUUUGGCCUCCCCAAGCUCAAGGCCAAGCUCAGCGAACAGGAAGGCGCAGGCAGGACGAUCGAGAUCUUCACGGGGAUGGUCUUGGAGAUGAUCAGCAGUGGGAGAUGGAGGAUGCAGAAGCACGGGACGAGGAUGGAAAGCCUGGAGCGGAGGAGGGUGGUACUGGAGGAGAGGAUGAAGUUGAGGGCGGGGGGAGCAAGGGGCGGGCGAGGGCAGUAG